AUGAACGGUUUGCUUAACAUAAUUCUUGUAAUUGAACAGGACGACGAAAAGGAGGAAAAAAAGCUACAUCUUCGCAAUGUUCAUAUUAUCCACAAGGCGAUUCCUUCUACCGUAUUGGGCCCACAGGCACAUAUCCCGAAUCCGGCCAAUCCUGUCGACCAAGCUUUAGAUCCUCCAGGUACACAGCAAGGAAGCGUUGCUGCCGCUGUUUCCGUCGCCGUUGCUGUCCCUGCCGUGGCUGUUCCCGCGGUUGCUCACCCUAUCGAAACCCCAGACAACGUGCCUAUCACAGAGUGUUCUAACGAGACGUGGAUGCAGGUUAUUCUUCACGAUAAUCGCCUUGGACAUAAGUCCUUUGGGCAGACUUGGAUCGUAUAUUCGACUGAAAUGGCACUUCGUGCUGAGCUACUGGAUUCUUAG